ACACUAUUGAAUGCUCGAAGCGGGUUCAGUCUGACCAAUCAAAUCCGCUUUCGGUAAUUCUUCAUCGCCAACCUCGGCAUUUCCUCUGCUACAUUGUUCCCACCGCGCUUCUUGUUAGACCGAUACUCAUUCCUCCUCUCACAAACCGCUCGCAUCUUCUUGCUAUCCUAGUGACCCUGCAUGUCCUAUCUCCUCCACGGCAGCUCCGCAUACACGCUCAUGGGCUGGGUCGACCGCGUCCCGCGCGCGGGGAACCUCUUCAUCGGCGGCCUCUACGCACUCUACCAAACCGACCUCAUAAAAGCGGCGGGGAUAACACACGUUCUGUCCGUGAUAGACUACGACCCGUUGCUGCAGGAGAAGUUCGCGCACCUGAAACAUUUCCACAUCCGCGCGGAUGACCAUCCGAACGAAAACCUGCUUCGGCACUUCUCGGCGACAAACGCGUAUGUUGAUGCUGCAUUGAGCAAUGGAGGAGGUGUGUUUGUUCACUGCGCGAUGGGCAAAAGUAGGAGUGCGGCGCUGGUGGUGGCGUAUUUGAUGUGGAAGUAUCAGCUCGGCCCAGCGACGGCGCUGGAGCAGCUGUGCGAAGGGAGGCCGGUUUGCGAGCCGAAUGUUGGGUUUAGGGAGCAGUUGGCGGUUUGGGAGAGGAUGCUGAAGCUAGAUGAGCAGGAGGAGAAGAGGAGGGUGUAUGAGGGGUGGGAGAGGAAUAGGUUUAUGGGGGAGUGGUGGGAGUGGGAGGCCAGAGGGAAAGAGGAGGACAGGGCGGUAGCGAAGCUGUGAGAUGGCGUUAUGGCAAGGCAGAGAAAUAUAGCGCGAAUGGCUGACGCGUCAGGCGCAUGCAUGAGCUGUGCGAGUAAGGGACAGAAGGAAGAUGAGGCGAGGCAGGGCGAUCAAUCCUUCGGAGGGGUGGCCAUGUUUUGGGUGGUGCCUAUGGUGGCUCUGACUGUACCGCCGGCAACGGAACGUGGCGCAAAUUGCACUGUAUAGCAAAAGACAGUGCUCUACAAUGCAUGCGCGCAUCGACGCUCUGCAAGGGAAGGCCACCCUGCACCACAAAAUCCAUAUGCUAGUGCGCGGAAAGUGAGAUUCAAAUGUAACG